GCGCGCCCGGCGGGGCGUGCGCGCGCCCCGCGGAUCGCCAUGGAGGCCUCGGCGAGCGCAGGGGCCGGCGGCGGCGGCGGCGCGGGGCGGCGCUGGUACUUCAGCCGGGAGCAGCUGGAGCGCAGCCCGUCCCGGCGCGCCGGGCUCGACCCGGACAAGGAGCUCUCCUACCGGCAGCAGGCGGCCAACCUGCUCCAGGACAUGGGCCAGCGCCUCAACGUCUCUCAGCUGACCAUCAACACCGCCAUCGUGUACAUGCACCGGUUCUACAUGGUUCAGUCCUUCACCCAGUUCCAUCGCAACUCUGUGGCACCAGCAGCCCUGUUCUUGGCAGCCAAGGUGGAGGAACAGCCUCGUAAGCUGGAGCAUGUAAUCAAGGUAGCGCAUGCAUGCCUGCAUCCUCAGGAUACCCCUCCAGACACUAGAAGUGAGGCUUACCUGCAGCAAGCUCAAGACCUGGUCAUUCUAGAGAGCAUUAUACUGCAGACCCUGGGGUUCGAGAUCACUAUUGAUCACCCCCAUACACACGUGGUGAAGUGCACGCAGCUAGUGCGAGCCAGCAAGGAUUUGGCACAAACUUCCUACUUCAUGGCGACCAACAGCCUGCACCUGACCACCUUCAGCCUGCAGUACACCCCUCCCGUUGUGGCCUGCGUCUGUAUCCACCUGGCUUGUAAGUGGUCCAACUGGGAGAUCCCAGUCUCCACGGACGGGAAGCACUGGUGGGAAUACGUUGAUGGCACUGUAACUCUGGAGCUCUUAGACGAGCUGACUCAUGAAUUCCUGCAGAUUCUUGAGAAAACUCCCAACCGGCUCAAACGCAUCCGCAACUGGCGGGCUUCCCAAGCAGCCAAGAAAUCCAAAGCAGACGACCAAGGAGAAGAUGAGUGCCUCUCAGAGCAAACUAUUCUCAGCAUGAUCUCCAGGAACAAUUCUGACAUGAACAUUGCAGGCUUAAUGAGUAUGUCAACUUCCUCGACUGCAGGAGCCGGGCCUCCCCUCCCAGAUGGAGAGGACUCUCCCACUGAUCUGAGCAGUAUGGAUAUGUUUCAGUCAGAGCACUGGAUGUCCCACCAUCCUCCACACAAGCUAGAGGCUGGCCAGGUUCACAGGACUAACGAAAGCUCAGCAGCCACUGAGCAGGAUGGCGCUGCUUACCAGAAGCAGAGCAGCAAGAGCGCGCCCUCAGCAAAGGUGUCGCUGAAAGAGUACCGCGCCAAGCAUGCUGAAGAGCUGGCCGCACAGAAGCGGCAGCUGGAGAACAUGGAGGCCAACGUGCGGUCUCAGUACGCCUAUGCUGCACAGAAUCUCCUGGUCCAGCAGCAGAGGGAGAGGGAAGUCCAGCAGGAGAACAACCCCUCCCCAGUCCUGAAGAUUCCCACCGGCAGCUCUGAAAGCGCAGAGCGCCCUCCUUUGGAGAAGAGCGACAAGGCCUCCGCCCUGAAGCUGAGGAUCCCUGUGGCAGGGGGAGGAGGGGACAGACAACUCUCCUCGAAACCAGAGGAGAUCAAAAUGCGCAUCAAGGUGCCGACUGCCUCGGAUCGGCACAGCUCCUCAGACGAGAGCAGCGGGAAGAGCCGGGAGCACAAGGAGAAACACAAGGCCCACUUGUCCAACCACCACCAUCACAAUCAUCACUCGCACAAACACUUGCACGUGCAGCCAGCAGCUGGGGCCAGUGGCGCCGGGGGCAAGCGACCAGGAGACUCUAAACACAGCAGCCAGCAGGGCAGCCUGGCCCAUAAAAGCUUCAGCUUGUCUGGGUCCUCUCGGAAAAGGCCUCUCCUGGAAGAGGCGUCUGCUGCUGCACAUGAGCACCAGCCAAAAAUCAGUAAGAGCUCCAAAGCUGCUGGCAUGCAGUUUUCUUUUGCCCACCUCCCCGGGGCUACCCAGCUUCCUGGGCACAGCUUGGAUACAGCUGGCCUCCCCUUCCCCCAGGCCGGCAAAGCCAGGGGGACCCAUGGGAAAUCGGACAAAGGCCCCACCGGUGCUAAUGGGCACAACGCAAACCAGGCCAUUGACUACCAGGAUACAGUCAACAUGCUGCACUCGCUGCUGAGCGCCCAGGGUAUGCAGCCCACCCAGCCCCCAGCUUUCGACUUUGCCCACUCGUAUGGCGAGUACUUGAAUCCAAGGGCCGCUGGGAGCUCCAGAGCUGCCAACACGGACAAGCCCCGACCACCCCCACUGCCCUCAGAACCCCCUCCCCCCCUCCCUCCUCUGCCCAAGUAAAGUCCUUUUUACUACUGAGUUUGUAUAGACAUGCCUGGAAUCUGGGCCACCCCCUGCAGGGGAGGGGCAGGGUGGUCUGACCCCACUGCCUCACAAAACUAUUUUAUUAUUAUUAUUAUUAUUUUAUUAUUUUUAUUGGUCUUAGAGUGCGGAGUCCUCCAAGCUGUGAAAGGAUAAGAAAUGUCCUUCCUUCUCCUCACUCUCCCCAUCAGAAUCCCACUGGGCUGCAGGGGCCUGCCCCCUCUGGGAACGGAGGCCCCUCUGGGCGUUGCAGUGGGGGCGGGGAUGUGGGGGUACCUAAAACGUGUCGCAGAAUCUCUUAAAGACAUUUUUAAAAUAAUUUAAACAGUAAGUUAUAUCUGUUCGUAGUAUUUUGUUCACUUUAAUUUUGUGAAGCUGGCUGGUGGUGUAAAGUGCCCUAGCGCUGCUGCAGGGGCUGGGGGAGGGAGCUUGUGUGAAGGGCUUGCAUGGCUUGUCCUCGGCUCGUUUGAGCAUUGAGUGGUGUAGAGAAGGUGGUCAGGAGCUGACCUGUAAGAAGAGGGCCAUGAAUGGAAGCAGCAUGGUCUGGUGGUGAUGGAGCCAGGCAAUUCCAGCUUGGGGCAUUACCUGGGCUGAGUCGCUUCAGUUUCCUCCUUUGUGAAAUAAGGUUGGUGCUGACCACCUCCUCCCCCUUGCAAAAGGCUUUACCCACCGGUUGGUGUUGGCUCUGUCCCUCCUUCCUCUGGAGGGGAGGAUCCCUGUGCACCUCAGUAUCACUGGGAGGCAAGGGCAGUUCCCUACCAGAUCGUGCUGGUUCCAUUGAAAAGUCCCCACUGCUGUGACUGAUUCAGUCUGCCAUGUGCCAGUAGUGAGGGGGGGUUACAGGGUCAGAGUGAUGGGAGUCUGGCUGGCUGUAGCACAAAGGGGCUGCUGAAAUGCGGAUGGGUCUGCCGCCUAGAGCAGCAGCAGCAAGGUGCCAUCAGGGAUCUCGCUCCAGUCUCCUGUGGGGGGGGAAGCGUGAUAGUGGAGGUGAGAUUGGGGAUGGGGGAAGGUGCUGUGCCCAGGAGGGUGGUGAAACAGAAUUGUGAUUGGGGGUGCUUCAAAGUGUAUUUCAGUCGCAUUAUGGAAUAAGAUUCUUCAUAUUUGUUGUUACAAAGAAAAAAAACUGCAAAAAAGUGAACUGUUUUGAAAUAGUCCUUUCUAGGGGCCUGAGGUUGAAUGUGAAAGGACCAGUCAGGCCAGUGUGUGACUUGAGUUUUCACUGCAAAAGGGGCUGGGACCCCCACUUGGGCUGACAUUCCUGUGGGGGUUGGGAAUCUCUGUAUUUCCCCGAGCCAGCUGGGGCCAGAGUUGCUGCCUGUGUAUUUCUGCCCGCUCAGUUGCUCAUAAAGACAAGCGGUCACGUGCUUGGAGCUGGCUUGAGUUCUGGGGGCUGUAAUUGGGAGCCCCCCGCAGGUGGCAGUGGCUGGAAAGAGACCUAGUCAUUUCUGCCUAAUGCAGAAUCCUCCUUGCAUUUGCCCAAGUCUCUUGGAAUCUGACCAUUUAACCCCCCACCCGCUGGCUAACACUAGUUCUGUUGCAGAGUAUGUGCGCCAAAGAUGCAGCGCAGACAUCUCCUAGGAUCUGAGGCAGCUGCUGGGGACAGGUCACCGUCCGGGUUUUUAAUGGCAUCCUCUCAAAAUGCACAAGUCCUCUGUAAAGCUUGGGCUGGAUUCUGCACUUACUCUGGUGUCAAUCUGGGGGAAAUUGCUGAAGUCAAUCCAGACUGACACAAGUUUUACCCAGAGGAGAGUCUGACCCACUGCAUCUGGCUGAUGUAAUGCAAAAGCACCAAGAUACAGAUUAGCUGAGGGAGGGACUCUAGGAUCAGCCUACCUGUGUCUCCAGUUAGCAUUGUUAGAGCAGUUGAGUUUCUGCUGUCUAGAAAAGUCAGUCCUGCAUCUGUGUGGCACAGACCGGAGGGUACCACUAGGGGUAGCUCGCUGAGGGACCCCUGCGGCUGCUUUGCUGCUGCUCUCUCCCAGAAUGUGGACCCAGAGCUGCUAGGGAAGCAGGGGAGCCCUAGCUAGUUUUGGGCAAGCUUUUUUGUUUCAUUUACUCAUCUCCCCAAGAAGCUGGAGGUUUUCUCUUCUGGCACAGGUUAUAAUUUUCCAAAUUUCCAGUAAACUGGCUUCACAUGCUUUUGGGAAACUUCAUGUCCCCUGCAUUGAACUCUGCCUGUCUUUUUAACUUUCUGUUUAACCUGGAACUGCACUGUCCCAGGCCAGGGAGACUCUCUCAGUGCAGGGCUGUCAUCUGGUUUUGCGUGCAAAACUUUUAUUCCCUUUUUACGUAUGUAACGCUGAGACUCCCAGCAGGGAUUUGGUCUUUGCUUAACCUGCAGCUUUUGUGGCACACUAGCUGUCUCUUUAACCAAGCCAUUAAUGAGGCUUUCUUUUAAUCACGGACAUAGGCACUUUCUAGCUCUGCCCUUUCGCUUUUAGGGAUUUUUAGCUUACUGAUUCAGAUGCAGCCUCCUCUGCAGGGGUUGGAUGGAGCAGACCCUUCAUAGGGUUCAACAGACUGGCGUUUCUCUGGGGGGUGUCUUGUCAGUUUCUGGAAAUUUUUUUUUUUUUUUUUUAAAUGGCUACAUUUCUUAGAACUUCCAGCUGCAAAGCUAACCCUGGGGUUGAUGCACUGCCCUUAGCCCGCUGCCAUAAACAAGUACAGCCGAUGACCAGGCUUCCGGAAUUCCGUUCCCAUUUGGACCCCUCAGUGGAAAGGCCAGUCUUUCAAGAGUGCUCAGUGCCCGCCAGCUCCCACAGAGAUCACCCAGGAAGCUAGAAUCCUGGUUUGGUGGAUUGUGUAAAACUUCAAGCUCUCUUAAAAAAUGGAGGGGGGGAAACCCAACUGUUAAAUUAUCUCCUUCACAACAGGUGUGAGCUUGCGAAUCCUGCAUAGUUUGUGGUAUGUAAGGGGCACAGGCCUUGUGGGUAUUUUUCCUGUGUGGUGGAUCAUAUUUUAAAGGAUGGGGCUUGGGUUAAGAUUGUGGGGGACAAAUUCUGGGGGAAAAAAAAAAAUCUUUGUUCUCUAGGUUUCUUUCCCUGUGUGAUUUAAAAAAAAAAUUUUUUUUCAUAAGAGAAAGUAUAAAAAGGUAAAUGAUUUAUCAGGGGUUUCCUUUUUAAGAUAUAGUAAGAGUUUGGCUUGAAUCAUGGGGGAACUUUCUUCUGGCAUCCCUGUCCAAAAUGCAUCUCACAUCCCAUAUGGAAAAAGAGCACAAUGCACUGAGUAGAGAAAUCACUCGUGUUUCAGGCACUCUUAAAUGCAUGAAUUCAGUGUUUGCUUUACCAUCUAAAAUUGCCUCUAGGUUUUACCCAGAAUUCUUGGUGUGCUCAUGUAAUAGAGCAGAGAAUCUGACUUCCCAUAUGCUAUGGGCCCAGCUUGGGUGUGAUGGGAAGAGUGGGCAUUAGUGGAUCAGGAAAUGGAAGUAGGUAGCCCUGACUGAAACUCAUUUGGCAUUCUGUGCUUUGGUAUGAGCUGACUUUCCUCCUGGCAGUGGAAAGAAUGGCAUGGGUGUAAGUCACUGGAUGUUGGAGGUGGGGUGGAGGCUGCUCCACCUUAAGUACUUGAUGGUUGCUUUUCCUGCAUUGCCUCUCUCUGGGUAAGUAAUCUGGCUUCCGCCAUAUCUGUGCAAAGGAGGCUACUCUGUCACUGUCACCGGGUGUGAAAUGUACAGUGCUGCUGAAAUUAGCAGACACUUUCCAUGAAUGUUCCAAUCUUUUCUUCCACAUUCAGUUUGUCCCCAUAUUUCUUGAGAAGGUGGGGAGUAAAAUAUAGGGUCUGUGAAACCUCUGCAGUGAGGGAAGGAAGCUCUGCCCGAACUUUCCACAGCACAGAUAACCUCCUGCAGUCAUGACUCUGCUCUCUUUCACAUAGACACUAAGCAAACAUGGAUUGUGAAGAUAACAGCCCUGCACCCUGGUCGCACUCCAACAUGCUUUUCCCCUCUGAGGAGGUGUAUGGUCUAAAAUUCUUCAUUCCUUUGUUUGGGGAAGUGAUGGGAGGGAAGGAUGACUGCAGGGGGGAGAGAGGAAGGGCAAUUUAAUCCUAUUCUGAAGUGUUACAAAUAUUUAAACUUUGGACAUUAUUUUUUAAAAAGAGAGACAAGUUUGCUACAAUUCCAUUGUAAACUCAUUUCCCUUCCAGACAUGGCUAUGCUGGCUGUCUGGGAGGAGCACAACUGGCUUGAGCCUUCACUGCCACCCCGCUAUUGGGAUGCGAAAGGAACGCUUGACAGCAUUCAAAGUACUGGUGCUUCACAACACCUUUGACUACUGGCGGUCUGUACAUAGUGAGGGCUGGGGGGUGAUAAACUGCACCAUUCCUAAGCUUUCUCCUUUCUGUGAUUAUAUGAAACUCUGAUUGGAUUCAAAUUUUUUUUUAAACCCACAUCAAGCCAAAGAGCCCAAUCAAUGCGUUUUCUGAUCUCUCAAUCUCUCACUCAGGGUCUGCCUUGUGGUUGCAAACUGACCAAUUUGGGUUUUUCCCUUCCCUUCCACUGCUGCUGUUGCCUGUCUCCUGAUACCUACUGCAUUGUUUCUCUCCCCCCCGCCCCCCAUACAAAAUGUGAAGAGCUUCCUGUGCACAAACCAGCAGGAAGCUGGAUAACUAAUGGGGCUACAGGUGUUGGCGAUCUUGCUGUCAAGUAUGUUUCUCUCUGUAUUUAUCCACAUCAAUAAAAGUUAAAGGCAAAGGAGUCAAUGAA